AUGGGCUUCUUUCCCGUUGUGUCGUCGCCACCCAGCGUCUUCGACUCGAUUUGCCCCAACCUUUGCCCCGCCGUUAUGGACCCCGUGUCCGAUGAGAACGGCGUCACGUACAGCAACAGGUGCAAAAUGCUGGCGGCGAAGUGCAAGCAGAACGGAGGAGGCGGUGGCGCCCCCACGCCGGCAGUCGCUACUGCAAAGCCAAGCAUCUGGGACUCCUUCUGCGCCGACGCGUGCCUUGACGUGAGGGUCACGUACACGAACGAGUUCUCAAUCAAGAAGUGUGCCGAUGCGUGCCCUGACAUCAUGAACCCCGUGUGCGGCUCGAACGGCAUCAAGUACUCGAACCCGUGCAAGCUGAAGAUCGCUGCGUGCAAGAGCCCGGAGCUCAACAUCGUAGAAGACGAUGGUUCGGUGUGCAAGACGGCUUCGUCCAAGUUGUCCAAGACCUUUGAUUUCUCUGGCGUUUAA